UGUGUGUGUGUGUGUGUGUACGGUCGUGCAAAUGACCGACGGAUCAGGUCACUAAAUAUUAAACGACAUCGUGUAUCGUAUUGUGGCGGCAUGUGCAUGCGUGUGUCUAGCUCAACAGUAGCAUUGGCAAUACCAUACUACGAAGCUAACGCGAUUACUUUCACAAGUAUCGGCCAUUUUAUCAGUAAUUUCAUUUAAAAACAGGCACGAACAAUAAAUUUAUGUAACGCGUAACUAAACGCGUGAACGUUUACGUUCGCGUCGGGUAGUACGCCAGAAAAUAUUGUAUUGCUACAUGUGUGUACGCAUGUACACACGUACAACGUACAGUGCAUGCUACGAUUUCCAUCGAUGACAGUAACCAAAUAGCGUGAAACCUAUUAAAUUCACGAUCCACGGUGCCACGUAUUUUUUCUGUAUACCGCAACGUUCCGACUUUGGGAGACAUCGCUAGUUGUACUACGAUUUGGGACAUUCGUUCGCGAUCGUCGCGCUGAAUCGUAGAGAUCGCAAUAAUUUUACGCAGAUGUGGUUUAGCUUGGUUUAGUGUUCGGUGUAUCGUUCCACGUUUCGUAACAGUUUGUUCGCACCUUAGGAUCAUCGUCGUACAUCGGAUAAAGAAAACAUCGCAUUACAGAUAUCGAUAGAUGAACAGUAAGAUUGAAAUACCGAUUAUCAUCAAGAAACCGACCGUCGUUGCAGUUUGCUGAUAAUAAUAAUAGAAACAUAAAAAGUUAAAAGGUAAAAAUAAUAAUGGAAGAUUCGAAAGACUACCACGAGAUGUGUAAAGAAGUAGACGACAUCGAGUUGUCGGCAUCUAACAAUAAAGGAGCAACGGUGGCUAUACAACAGCUCGUCGGAACUUUGGUCGACGAUAACAGACACACGGAUGCUACGACGACAACGAGGACGACGACGACGACGACGAUCGAUGACAACAAGAUCGACGAUAAGCUCGAAGAUGGCGAGUGUAAAAUUUCUCUGAGGAAAACGUUUUCUGUUUGCGAUUCUGCAAUGUCACCAGAGACUAACAACACCACGCAAGACAAUACCCCGACCUCGUCGAAUGAUGCCGAAUCGAGUUCUUCUUCUUCUUCUUGUUUUAGUAAUCAAAAUAAAUGUAAAAGAAGCAUUUCAAAAGGUGCAGCAGUUUCAAUCGUAGCUCAAGCGAAUGGCGGUGAUAGUUGUGACGACAGUAACCGCAGCUCCGACGAAGAGUCGAGUAAACAUCAAAAGUUGAACGAAAAUGUAUCGAAUGAAUUAAAAUCUGAAGAUAAAAGUACGAGCAAAGCGCGUACAUCGAAGGAACCCGUGAUGGACGGUGGUGGUGGCGGUGACGGUGAUGGCGGCGGAGGCGGCGGCGGUGGCGGUUGUUGCAACGAGAGAUUCGUGCAAGACGUAGAGAUGAGAUCGGCAGAACUCGAGAAAGCAUCAGCAUCAGCAUCAGCAGCAGUAGCAGUAGCAACAGCAGCAGCAGGAAACCUCAAGGAAGCGAGUGGACGCGAGGAACGGACAGAGACGGAUACCGACGGUUCGUAUGCCGGAGACGCAGGUACACGUACACAAGCUCGUCGCGUCACGUUUCGACCUGGUAACGCUAAUCUCUUCGAAGAAUCGGUCGCUUCGAACUAUUCUCGUUCCAGUGCGGCGGAGCACAUGGCCAGCGAGGAAGAGUCGGAGGUACCGCAGGCAGACUUCUCUGCCUGUUUAAAAAAGAAAGUACCAAAGCCCAGCUGGUAUGUAGUGCCGGAACUCGUUCAUCGCGAAAUGGGCAUGAAUCCACUCUUUCCACGUAGAUGUUACGGUUCCUUACAUGUUGUAGAACGCUUCCAGCUUACAUACGAGCUUAGAGAACAUGAGGGUUGCGUCAAUGCUUUAAACUUUAACAAAGCCGGGAACUUGUUGGCCAGCGGCUCCGACGAUUUGAACGUGGUCAUAUGGGAUUGGGCACGAGGAAGGAGGCGAGCGAAUUUCGUUAGUCAGCACAAGAGCAAUAUCUUUCAAGUCAAAUGGAUGUAUUACGCGGAACAUUUAGUGGCUACGUGCGCUCGCGAUGGACAAGUACGUUUGUUGGAUACAACGGGUGGCCGUGGUACCUCGCGAAAAUUAGCUACGCACAACGCGCCAACUCAUAAACUCGCACUUCAUCCGGACACACCAGACGUUAUUAUUUCUGUUGGCGAAGACGCAAAAGUACUGUCCAUAGAUAUCAGAGAAUCGAAACCAACCAAGUUGUUGGUGGUAAAAAACGGUUCCGCUCGUUUACGACUGUACAGUGUUCAUUCGAAUCCCCUCAGUAGCAACGAAUUUUGCGUGAGCGGACAAUUUCAAUUCGUCAAAGUAUACGAUCGACGAAAUGUAUCGGUGCCGAUCUAUGAAUUGUGUCCCAAGCAUUUGACCGAGAACAAGAAUGUACACGUAACUUGCGCCUUGUACAAUUACAACGGAACCGAAAUUCUUGCGUCUUACAAUGACGAAGAUAUAUAUUUAUUCGAUACGGUGUCGCCUCAACCCGGAGAUUUCGCUCACAAGUACGAAGGUCACAGGAACAGUGCCACUGUGAAGGGUGUCAACUUCUUCGGACCGAAGAGCGAGUACGUCAUAUCCGGAUCGGAUUGCCGAAACAUAUUCAUCUGGGACAAGAACAGCGAGGCGAUCGUAAAUUGGAUGUUCGGCGACGAGAACGGAGUGGUAAAUUGUUUAGAGCCUCAUCCGCAUACUCCUAUUUUGGCCACGAGCGGACUCGAUUGUGGCGUAAAGAUAUGGGUGCCUACCAAGAAGAAACCUCUGCCGUUUGACGAACUAAAAGACUGCGUCGCAUCGAAUGCGACUAACAGGUCGCAAGAGACUCACAGCGAAACGGAUGCGAUCGAUAGUCAACUGCUCUGGAUAUUGGUGAGACACAUUCGUCACACGGAAAGAGUCAGGAGUAUGAGAACUUCUACUCCACGAAAUCGAGCGGUCGACGACGAUGACGACGACGACGACGACGAUGGCGACGACGAGGAUGACGACGACGACGAUGAGGACGACGAUAAUGUCGACGAUUCCUUGGACGACGAUUCCUCCGAUCACAGCGACAGCCAAUCGGACGGCGACAGCGUUAGAAGAUUUCAGUGCUCCCCGUCUUAGAGGUAUCGUGGGCUAUCGCUAAACGUUUCGUACGUCGACAUUCGUACGAUGUAUUUAAAGCAACGUUAUGAAAAAUAUCGACAAGAAGAAGGAUAAGAAGAAUCGAAUCUAUAAAGGUCUCAACUCCCCUCUCAAUUUAUCUCGUUUCACAACCCCCACCACCACCACCGCCGCCGCCACAGUUUAGUAAUCCGAUGAUACAAGUGACGAUACUAGUUAUCGUGUAAUUGCAAGAUUCGGGGCGCGUCAAAAAUGUAUAAAGACAACUCGGUAAACGUAUGUAAAUGAUAGUAGGCGAUAAUAAGAAACAAUAUAGUUUUAUUUCUAGAAAGUAUUCGUAGUUAAAAUUUUAUAUUAUUCUCCGGUAAUUGCCGAAUUCGAGAGGUCAUCGUUCCUAAGAAGAUGAGUCAAAUCAGCACCGCAUACACGAACGAACGUGAACAACCGACCGACGGGAUACGAUCUUGGUGUUAGUCUGUAAGAUCUUGAUGUCCGAACGUUUCAUAAAAUUCGCGAUAAGGAUGUUUCUACUCUACGUAGCAGUUAACGUUCCGGAAUACCGUUCGCGCAACAUUCGAAUCAAAGUACAAUACGUUACGUUUCAAUUAUUACUGAAACAGAAUACGAACGGAAAAAAGAAAACAAAGAAAAGAAAAAAGACAACACAGAAACUAAAUAUGAAAAGAGACCCGUAGCACGUGAACGAACAAAGGAUUGUUUUUAUUCGUAAAUUUGUUAUCGGCGCGAGGGAAGUUUUGUUGUAUGUUACGUAAAAUAAAAACGUUAUCGAAGCAA